AGUCGACAUCAUUACGCAUUCUGCAAUAGGUUUUUGCUGAUUGUCUGAGCCCCCGGAUCUUAUACGCUAUAUCGUGUUGAAGCAAACGUUCGCAGCCUUCAUGAUGGCCAACACGGAAGGAGCUAGGGUAGGCAAAGACGCAUAUGUAACUCUCCUGACACGACCGAGUUACUUAGCUGGAGCAAUAUUACUAGCUUAUACGCUUAACAAGCACUCGCCGGAUACACCACUCAUCAUCACCUACACGCCAGAAACGCUGCCAGAGCCGUCGGUGAGAGCCUUGGAAGCAGAAGCACAACACUCAAACAUCCUCCUCCACGCGGUAGAGCACUUGCGCCUCCCAGACGAUGGAACCGAGCACGGCAUGGUAGCCGAGCGCUUCACCGACACAUGGACCAAACUCCGCGUCUUCGAUUUACACACGCUCCCGCAGAAGUUCGAACGCAUAUGCUGGCUAGACGCAGAUAUGAUGGUCUUCUCAAACCCCUCGCCGCUCAUCUUCAAUGCCGAAAAUGACGCGUAUCUCCAGGGAUAUACAGGCAUGCGUCUCAUGGCAGUGCAUACCUGCGUGUGUAACCUCGACCACGACACCUGGGCGCCGCAAAACUGGAAUCCCAGGAACUGCGCGCUCACACAUCUUACGUCGAGUGAGCAGCUCCCAGACGUGCAAAGCGAGCCAGCAACGUUUGGCAAUUUCAACAGCGGCACGUUUCUAUACAGACCUUCACCCGCGCUCUCCUCCUUCGUGCAGUCGAAGUUCGAAGAGCUGGGCAAUGCAAAGCUUAGAGCGAUGAAGUUCCCCGACCAGGACUUCCUCAACGCUGCGUUUGAUGGUCGCUGGCGCAGUUUGUCCUGGAAAACUAACGCUCUCAAGACGUGGCGGUACUGGCAUAUUAAUAUUUGGCGCGACGAGGAAGUGGCUGUCCUACACUAUAUUGUCGAUAAACCCUGGGUUGCGCGCCUGAAAUCUGAUGGUACGGCGGGGUAUCUGGGGAAAGACGGCGAGACGCAUAAGUGGUGGUGGGAUGAGUAUGCGCAUUGGCAUGACGGGCGAAUGGCACAGGGAGGGAAGGAACUGUUAGAGAUAGUAGGGAAGUAUGUGGCGAGCGAGACGGGUGAGGAGAGCGAGGAGAUGCGUGCUAUCGGUGGUGGGGCACAAGAGUAUGCUAACAAGUGGGCGGGUAAGAACGAAUCUCCUGAGGAGAAUGAAGGCGAAACUUUCGGUGAAGGGCCGGCUGGUCCCAUACUGAGGAAACCGAUGAUAGGGGAGCGUGGGCAUGGACCGGUUGUUAGAGGCAGAGGGCGUGGGAGGGGUGAAGGAUGGAGCACAAUGGAAAGUUGAGCGAUAGAUGAUUCAUGGUAUGGUGAAAAGGGAUGCGAAAAGUUAAGAUAUAGCUGGGUAUUUCGGACCUUUGCUUUGCCAUAUGCACCUUGUCGCUCAAAAUCCAACGCCAGAUCGUAUCACCUGGACCGUUACCAUCACCAUUUUCCGCUGCACCUUCUCAGUUCCGCUCUGAUUAAUACAAAUCAAUCAAAUUCUCCCUCUCCUCACACUCUUCAUACCGCACAAUCCGCCGACCCGCAUACACGCCCUUGCCCACGCUCUUGUCGCCGGUCAUGCCGUUAGUCUGGUGAGCGGAAGUGGGAGAAGCGCAGCUAUUCGCCAGCAC